AUGGCCUCCGCCGCUACACUCGUACUUACAUCAACGCCAUCGAUACUUGGUGGCUUUGAACCCCUGUCAAAUGGCGCGGCAAAAGCACCAAGCAUCGAUACCAACCAGACUGACAGCGACGACGCUACUCGAGUCAACGUGGACGAGGCAAUCCGUCUGGCCGCCCUCUUCCGGCAGGCCUCCAACCUUCUCGAUGCCCAGAUGCCUGACUUUAACCACUCGAAAGCUUACACUCCUGACGAGAUACUCGCUCUGCCAAUUGACACCAUCCGCCUGCCAGACGAGCUGCACGGUCUCCCCCGACGGAAAUCCAGGCGAUCUCAUCUAGCUGGGGUCAUUGCAUCGCUGUUAUAUCCCGCCACUUAUGAUGAUGCUGUGUCACCAGUCAUUCGGUACGAAGCUACGCGGGUGAGACUGCGUGCAUGGGUCGCCCUGCAGCGGAAAUACGACAUCUUUGCCGCCACCAAACGGAACGGCCAUAGCUUCCGCGGUUUGACUGGCGGCACUGCACCCGGUGUGCAUGCGCCUGUCUGGGCCUCCCGGAUCCUUGCCCAGGGCCCAUGGGACCCUGCCAAGGCGCCCGUUUCCCUAACUGGCGCGAAAGCCAUCCCGAUGCCUGUUGCCGUCGCCGUCGCCGCCGACCUUGCCCCGUUCUUCGACCAUCUCGAGCAGCGGGGCACCCAUGCGCUCGACGAAGGCUCCGCCGGUGCUGCUCUCGAGGACGGCAAGGGCAAACCCUACUACGGUGUUAAAGGCGCCGAGUUCCGCAAAGGUGUCGUCUACGAGGACGGUCGCAUGGAUCUGUGCAAAAUGGCUGUUGGUCCAGACCACAUUGGCAACCUGAUGGACAGUUUACGGCCGAACCCCUUCGUCCGACACUUCCUUCUAGGCAACAAUGUCAUUGGCCCGGUUGGGGCUCGGGAGAUCGGCCGGUUCGUCCGGGAGCUCCCCGGCCGUAUGAACACUUGGUAUCUGGCAGGCAACUGCAUCGACGCCCCCAGUUUCAAGACAUUGGUCGACGCCAUGGUCGAGUCCGAGGCAGUGACGAACAUAUGGCUAAAACGAAACCCCUUAGGUCCCGCAGCUGCAGCAGAUGUCUACCGCCUCAUUACCGAGACAAAGAACCUACGCACACUGGAUCUCGAUCAGACCGAACUCGGUGAUGCUGGCACCGCGGAGUUGUUCCGACGUCUGGCUGCAUUCUCUGUCGCUAACCCCGGCCGUAAGCAACUGCCGCUGUGCAACAUUUACUUGAACGGUAACGGCAUAUCGACCAAAGCUGCAGUUGCGAUCGCCGAGUUCCUGGGCUCGCCUGCCUGCGGCAUUACCUCGCUCUAUUUGUCAUGCAACCCCUUGGGCGACGAAGGCACGAAAGCUCUUGUUUCCGGUAUCCGCAAAGCCCACCAGCUAUCACGGCUGUCACUGCAAUCCACUGGUCUAACAGCUGCUGGUGCCAGUGACGUCUUCCGGGCUAUCACGACGCAUCCCGGUGUGCGCUUCUUGGAUGUUGGCCAAGCGUAUGCGACCGUCGACCUUGGCCAGGCGUGGAACUAUAUCAAUAACGAUGCUGUGCCGUUAAUCUGUGAGCUGGUGUCAACAAACCAAACACUCCAGUACCUGAACCUGGGCUGUUGCCCGAUCUCACCGCCAGAGCUUCGCAAGAUCGAUACCGCUGUCUUGGAAAGCUCCCUGCUGUUUUACUUCGCGGUCCCUAUCCUUCCCAAUGCGAAAGUUAGGGUGCCAUCAUUCAACCCGUCAGCCGAUCAUACAAUGCCAGAUUUGCACUCGUUGUCGGCGCCGACCAAAGACGAGAAGGUCCUCGAAAAGGCCGUCAACAGGCAUCUUGAACGGAACGUUAAAGCCACAUAUGGAGACGACAUGACUUAUGCCAAGUUCCUUGAGCAGGAGAAACGAUGGAUCGUCAAUGACAAAACUGACGUGCGCAAAAUUGAUUCGGUGUACCGCAAUCGCGAUGCCAGCCUCGCUCGACGCAAGCUGCAGGCCCUGGCCAAAGACUGGGACGAGAACGACGACACCCUCGCCCGGAUCAUGAAUGCCAAGGGUCCGUUUUGCACUGUACGUAAACACACAGAGAUUUUGACUGAGGAAAUUUGA